GUUUCGGUGCCCUACAAUCCCGGAAGUUUCGUCCCGCCUGCGAUGGCGAUGGUUGGAGAGCAGUGGGUGUUGGUUGAGAUGGUUCAGGCAUUGUAUGAGGCUCCUGCCUAUCACCUUAUUUUGGAAGGAAUUCUAAUUCUCUGGAUAAUCAGACUUCUAUUCUCCAAAACAUACAAAUUACAGGAACGAUCUGAUCUCACAGCCAAGGAAAAGGAAGAAUUAAUUGAAGAGUGGCAGCCAGAACCUCUUGUUCCUCCUGUUCCAAAAGACCAUCCUGCUCUUAAUUACAACAUUGUUUCAGGCCCCCCGGGCCAUAAAAUUGUGGUGAAUGGAAAGGAAUGUAUAAACUUUGCAUCUUUUAAUUUUCUUGGACUUUUGGAUAAUGCUAGGGUAAAGGAGGCAGCUUUAUCAUCUCUAAAAAAAUAUGGUGUUGGGACUUGUGGACCUAGGGGAUUUUAUGGCACAUUUGAUGUUCAUUUGGAAUUGGAAGAGCGUCUAGCAAAGUUUAUGAAGACUGAGGAAGCUAUUAUUUACUCAUAUGGAUUUGCCACAAUUGCCAGUGCUAUUCCAGCUUAUUCCAAAAGAGGGGAUAUUGUAUUUGUAGAUAAAGCUGCCUGUUUUGCUAUUCAGAAGGGUUUACAAGCAUCUCGUAGUGACAUUAAAUUAUUUGAGCAUAAUGACAUGGCUCACCUGGAGUGCCUACUAAAAGAACAAGAAAUUGAAGAUCAAAAGAACCCUCGUAAGGCACGUGUAACCCGAAGGUUUAUUGUAGUAGAAGGAUUGUAUAUGAAUACUGGAUCUAUUUGUCCACUUCCAGAAUUGGUCAAGUUAAAAUAUAAGUACAAAGCAAGAAUUUUUUUGGAGGAAAGCCUUUCUUUUGGAGUUCUAGGAGAACAUGGCCGAGGAGUCACUGAACAUUUUGGGAUAAAUAUUGAUGACAUUGAUCUUAUCAGUGCUAACAUGGAGAAUUCCCUAGCUUCUAUUGGAGGAUUUUGCUGUGGCAGAUCUUUUGUAAUUGACCACCAGAGACUUUCUGGUCAAGGAUAUUGCUUUUCAGCCUCUCUCCCUCCCUUAUUAGCUGCAGCUGCUAUUGAAGCCCUCAACAUAAUGGAAGAGAAUCCAGAUAUUUUUCAAGUGUUGAGAAAGAAGUGCAAACAAAUUCAUAAAGCCUUACAAGGUACUUAUGGAUUAAAAGUAGUAGGUGAAUCAUUUUCACCAGCCUUUCACUUACAACUAGAGGAGAGCACAGGAUCUCGAGAGAAUGAUAUCAAGUUACUUCAGAGAAUAGUAGAUCAAUGCAUGAACAGAAAUAUUGCAUUAACUCAGGCACACUACUUGGAAAAAGAAGAAAAAAACCUCCCUCUUCCUAGCAUUAGAAUUGUGGUGACAGUAGAACAAACUGAAAAAGAACUAGAGAAAGCUGCAUCUACAAUCAAAGAAGCUGCACAGUCCAUCCUGAAUUAGACAUCAUCAGUGGACUUGACGUGUUCCAAAAAGAUGCAUCAUCUACAUACUAGUCUGUGGUAUGGGGACAUCUCAGAGAAUUCAAACUCUUUUUAUGAGAUAGCUAUCCUUUGAAAAAGAGUUUACAAUUGUUUACAUGAAUCAUUCUGUAGAGGUACAGUCAAAAAAUAUGAAUGUAAGAGGAAUGGUUUAACAUAUACACACCCCUUUCUCAUUAUCCUCACGCACUCCAGUCUCUCCAUAAAGUACCAAGAACAGUUCUGUCUGAGAAAAACUCAGUAUAUCUGAACAGAAUUUGAAGUGUAUAAUGAGGAUUUUCAUUAUACCAUAUUUUUAAUAUUCAUUUUCCAUUUUAAAAUGAUCCUUAAGUAUUUUUCCUUCCAAAAUUUAAAGUUCUUUAAGCAGUCUUUGGUCCCUAAGAUUACAAAAAGUGAUUUAAUGAAACUUUAAGGAACAGUUAUACAUACAUGAAACUUACUAAUUAUUAUAGUUCAACUCCACUUUUUCACAGUCCUUAAUCUUGUCAUGCUAAAUGAUAGAUAACAUCUUAAGGAAACUAUAUUUUUUGCUAUUGCUAUGAACUUUUCAUUUUAAUAUACUGUGCUCUGAAAUUUUUUGUUACACACUAAAUAUAUUGAUGUUUAAGUGUCUCUGAUAGAAAAAAAUGUUCUUACUCCAUAUUUCUUGCUUUCUAAGGUAGGAAAGUUUAAAUCAAUUUAUUUAAUCUUUUAUCUUUACAUAUAUUAUGCCUUGAUUUCUGAUCUAUUUUUGGUAAGAGAUUGUUAUGAUUAUUCAAAAAUUUAAAUUAUGGCCUUUGUGUGUUUUAGGAUGUUUUAAACAUAUUUGUUGGGUUUUGUAUCAUGGGUUCAUAUAGAGAGAUAUUAAGUUAAAGAUUUUCUCUGUGUAAGAGUUCACGAGAUAGUCUUGCUUAUUGCUUUUAUAUCUAAAAUCCGUGUAGAUAAUAUAAAAGCUCUACAAUAAAAUUUUUAAGCUAUAUUUUAAUUGUUUUCCCUUUAACAAUCAAAAUUCUGUCAUUGUUUUCAAUAAAUGCAAAUAAUACAUA